AUGGGAGAAGACAACCAAACUUUCGUGACUGAAUUUGUCUUCCUGGGCCUUUCACAGGAUCCACAGACACAAGGCCUGCUCUUCUUCCUAUUUUUGAUUAUCUACCUAUUGACUAUGCUGGGAAACCUGCUCAUCAUUGUACUUCUUCACAUAGACUCCAGACUCCACACACCCAUGUACUUUUUCCUAAGAAACUUGUCCUUUGCUGAUCUCUGCUUUUCUACUACCACAGUCCCCCAGGUGCUAGUCCACUUACUGGUAAAGAGGAAAACCAUUUCCUUUGCUGGAUGUUCAAUGCAGAUAGUUGUUUUACUUCUGGUUGGGUGCACAGAGUGUGCACUGGUGGCAGUAAUGUCCUAUGACCGCUAUGUGGCUGUCUGCAAGCCCCUGCACUACUCCACCAUCAUGACUCAUUGGGUCUGUGUUCAGUUGGCCAUAGGGUCCUGGGCCAGUGGGGCAUUUGUGUCUCUGGUGGACACUGCAUUCACAUUGCGCUUGCCCUACAGGGGAAACAAUAUCAUUAACCAUUUUUUUUGUGAACUCCCUGCCCUCCUGAAGUUGGCUUCAGCAGAUACCUACAGCACAGAAAUGGCCAUCUUUGCAAUGGGUGUGGUGAUUCUCCUGGCUCCUGUCUCUCUCAUUCUUGUCUCCUACUGGAAUAUUAUUUCUACUGUGAUCCAGAUGCAGUCUGGAGAAAGAAGGCUCAAGGUUUUCUCAACCUGUGGCUCCCAUCUCAUUGUUGUUGUUCUCUUCUAUGGCUCAGCAAUCUUUGCCUACAUGAGGCCAAACUCCAAGAUAAUGAAUGAAAAGGAUAAGAUGAUCUCUGUGUUCUACUCUGCAGUGACUCCCAUGCUGAACCCCAUCAUUUAUAGUCUGAGGAACAAAGAUGUCAAAGGAGCUCUCAGGAGAAUAACUGCAUAAUAGCUUUUUGAGAGAUUAUAGGUUUCCUGGAAACAUUUCCAAUUCUUGUCCCAUUCCUUCAUUUUUUUCUUCCUUCUCCUGUUUUCCCAUCUUUCUUCUCACAUAUACUCAA